AUGAGAAAGAGAGGCGAUGCCUCUACCUCUACCUCUACCUCUACCUCUACCUCUACCUCUACCUCUACCUCUACCUCUACCUCUACCUCUCGUCCAUUUGCCAUUUGCUCCGCGCUGCUGGCCCUUGCCGCCCUGGGCGUGGCCACUCCUUUGAGCAACACCUAUCUGCCACCACAGGCCAAUGCGUAUAGCGGCUACAGCUCGGCGGGAUCGAGCGGCGUCGGCUCCUAUACACCAUCCAGCUCCUACUCGUCGAGCUCGCACGGCUCCAGCUAUGCAGCGCCAUCUCGACAGUAUCUGGCACCGGCUGCAUCCCUCAGCAGCUACUCGACCGCAGGCGCCAGCAGCUACUCUGCCCCAGCCAUCUCACACGGCAGCUACAGCUCAACUGGCUCAAGCUAUGCAGCUCCGUCGCGCCAGUACCUGGCUCCAGCUGUCUCUCGCAGCAGCUACUCUGCUCCAGCAGUCUCCCAUAGCAGCUACUCGGCGCCGGCUGUCUCUCGCGGCAGCUACUCGGCUCCAGCUGUUUCGCAUGUGAGCUACUCCGCUCCAGCAGUCUCCCACAGCAGCUACUCCGCUCCAGCUGUCUCUCGCAGUAGCUACUCAGCUCCAGCUGUUUCGCAAGUGAGCUACUCCGCUCCAGCUAUCUCUCGCAGCAGCUAUUCCGCUCCAGCAGUCUCUCGCAGCAGCUACUCAUCCUCUGCCUCUACAUAUGCCCCAUCCCGGCAGUACCUGGCACCAGCUCAAGGCAGUUACUCCGCUCCAGCUGUCUCGCACGUCAGCUACUCCGCUCCAGCCGUCUCCCAUAGCAGCUAUUCCUCGCCAGCUCGCUACGCCUCCUCCUUUGGCCAGGGCCUCGGUGGCUAUACUGCGAGCUCUUCGGCCUCGGGCCGCAGCUUUGGUCAGGGCUAUGGUGGAUCUCGCUACGGAGGCGGCAGCUCCUAUGGUGCUGGCGGCACCCGCUACGCUGCCAACGGAGAUAAGAUAUCUUUGAGUAUGCAGCUCAUCAAUAAAGCUACUCAGAGACAUAGGAAGAGAGAAAGACCUAGAGAGGAUGAAAGAGAAAGAGUUAGAGAAGUGAAUAUCGUAAACACAUAUUCAAAUUUUGCCCAUGUCGGUAAGGGUAUUUCAGAGUCGGCUUGCCUUAGAUAA